AUGUAGUAAAGAAGGAGAAUUAAAACACUGUUAGAUUACAAGAAAAUUGAAUAAGAUUUACCAUCUAGCGAUUUAACCGAAUAAGAAAAAUCCAUCUUGAGUUUGGCAAUACGAGAAAGGAAGUUUAAUCUGAGAACAAGAGUUAAAUCAGUUAAUUCGAAAGCGGAACUCUGCAAAAAUCAAAGAGAAUAUGAGGAUAAGAUGAAACUGUCAAUUGCUUAAAUAGUUGAUUGUGAAUACAAAUAAUCCAAAUUAAGUGAGUCAACAGUAAAACACAAAGGUUAAUUCACUACCAUAUUUUCCAUUCCUAAACCUAAGUAUGACCCUUCCAUUGUCUAUGGUUCCUAAAACAAUAGAAGAAUGAUUCAUAUGAAGGAAAUACUUAAAAAGUUAUGA